AUGACCAACGUGCAAGCCCGCCUACUCCUCCUGGCCCUCUCAAUGCCCUGCAACUCCCGUUUACCCAACAUCUACGCUGUCGCCCUCAGCGAGCUCCAAGAACUCGAGUCGGAGCCCCUCUGCCAUCGCGUUGCCGCCCGCAUACUAGUCAACAACUGCCAACUGGUCAACGGCAAGCAUGAAGCGACCAUUCUUACCGACAGCGGUCGGCAGCGCGGGAGCUUUGCCAUACCGAACGAGGGCGCCAAAUUCCGGGAGCCCUCGCUCAGCCAGCUCGCUCUGAGGGAUGAACCUCAGUUGCAUGUGAGCCCCUGCGAGAUUGGGCUUUGUCUCUCGGCGCUCGCAGCGUCGGAUGCUGCCUGGAGCACGUGGGUGAGCUACCGCCCCAAGGCGCUGUGGUUCUGCGAGGCGGCGCAAGCAGACAACGAGAAGAAACAAGCAAUGAAAAAGACGUCGAAACCCUUUCGCGACGGGCUCCAACAUGCCGAAGACCUACAGCAGCUGCUGCACAGUUUGCCGGCAAACGUCCUGGAGAGCAACUCACAGUUUGCGCUCGCGCAUGAACAGUCGCUUCAUCAAGCAUCCCAGCGAAUCAACGACGAGAUGGGCGCGUUGAUGGCAGUGGUAUCGACGGCCAUCGCCUCGUCCAGCUCUCUCUCGCAGCAAAUAGCCGCCGCGCUCCCCCAACGCCAAGUCAGACAUGGACCGCCUGGUCACGGCGACUGA